AUGAACUAUGUUUCAGCCGGUGCUGUGUUCAACAGCGACCAGCACCACAUAUUGGCCAGCCACAACCAACCUGUAUUGAAUGACGGGAUGAACGUGGACUUCCAGCAGAAAAUGGGGAUUUACUUGCAAGAACAUCCGGCUCAGGUUCAAGCAGUGCCGCUGACUAACCCAACACAAGCGAUACAACAGCAACAGCAGCAGCAACAACAACAGCAACAACAACAACAACAACAGCAGCAGCGGGCCCAGGUUCCGUCCCAACUUCAACAGGCACCUGCUCAUCAGAUCCAACCUCACGUACAGACCCAGCCUCAGGUGCAGACCCAACCUCCAGCACCUGCCCAUGACUCCCCAGGCGGCGUAUCUCAUCAAGUUAGCCCACCUGCUGCCCGUCAACCUGCAGACUCUCCCCACAGUAUCCAUGCUCCUGGCCCUAGCGUUGUUCAACCCGGUAGACCUGUCGCUGGUGCUUCUGUUGGUACAGCAGCCGCUCCUGUAGGCAAUGGAUCCUCUUUAUCGUCGUUUGCCUCUGUGAUUCCAUUUCACAACCCCUUUGACACCCAUUCGUACCCGUUGACGAACCCUCCCCUUUUCGACUACACCAUGAAAUUUCCCUACACAGCCAAUGACGGGGGGCAGAGGAGAAGAAGAAUUUCCAUUUCCAACGGUCAGAUUGGCCAGAUUAUCAACCACGAGGCGUUCUUUGAGUAUGAAAACGUUUCGGAUGAUAAUGCGAACGACUUCCCACCCUUUCAUGCGCCACUGCAACUGAACCCUCCUCAGCAACAGCAGCAGCUUCCAGGAGCACACGCUCAAGGCAUUCCUCAGCAUCAGCCACUUGGUCUGGCGUCCGUUGCUCAACAAGGUUUAGAUUUGACAGCUGCCACUGACAAGGAAUUUGCGGACGGUGAAGGGUCCGCUGCCGGUGUACCACCACCAAACCACCAGCUCAUAUACGAUAAUGAGGUCAUAUACAAUCCAAAUGAUGGUCCCAUCCCCGGGACUGCUGCAUGGAAGAAAGAGCGUUUACUUGAAAGAAACAGAAUUGCCGCUUCCAGAUGUAGACAACGUAAGAAGCAAGCUCAACAGACGUUACAGAGCAACAUUUCCAAAUACCAGCUGGAAGUGAAAACCUUACAGGACAAAGUGAAGAAGUACAGAGAAGUAUUCAAAAGAUACAACUCGGCUAUUGCUAAGCAUGCAUCUGAGUGUAAGAACUUUGAAUCGUUGUCCAUGAUGAGAAUGUUAGAAGAGAUUGAUUUAGACGAAGAAGAACAGAAAAUCCUUAAUUUUUAG